AUGAUACCUGUUGAACCUAACUAUAUCCAAUCUAGAGACCAUUUGGAUGAGUAUCGGGUUGCGAGCAAGGCAGUUUCGGUUGUAUCAGCACCCCCACCACCAACUUUUACUUCAAGCCCCGAAGACAUUAUGAACGUGUCCCAUCUGGCAUCCUCUUUGUUUCAAAGGGGAGAGCUCAGAAACGCUGAGGUUCUGUACAUCCAGGUUUACAAGGCAAUGACACUCAGGGAGGCGAUUGGCGCCACGCAUUUCAGGACCCUCACAGCCAUGAACCUUCGAGCGCGAUGUCUCGCGUACAAUGGCGACCACAAGGACGCCGCGUCUUUGGCAUCGGGUACGUACGAGACAAUAGCCAGAACCCUUGGACGCCGACAUCCGUUGGCUCUGGAAUCUAUGGAUUGCUUGGUGCACAUAUACCGGGCUCAGCAUUGUUUUGCCCAAGCAAUAGCCACUGCAAAGUCACUUGUGGAGAACUCUAGAAAAACCCUUGGACCUGAACAUCCUCAGACAACCCGCGCUAGUUACCAGGUGGCGGCUUCUCACCUUGCCAACGGGGACUAUUAUACCUCAGAGUCAGGCUUCCAAGCCGUUGUUAAGUGUGCCGAGAUUUCAAUGGGCAAAAACAACCCUGAAACAUUGAAAUACACGUCAAAGCUGGCUUGCGCUCUUCUUAAAACCGGUCAAAUCGAUGAGGCCUGGGAAAUUGCCGUCAACGUAGCUAAACGUCAGGUGGUCCUCUAUUGGAAACCGCAAGUGAGUCCACACUAA